AUUGUAAAUGAGGAAGAACACAGGAAGCAACAGUCGUAUCACCGCUUCCACAGCGACACUGGAGCUGCUACUGGUGGUGGUGGUGGUUUAGUUACCAGGUUCUUCUACUGGUUACCAGUUCCUGCCGCUGCUGCUCAGAUUAACAGGUUCUUCUACUGGUUACCAGUUCCUGCUGCUGGUUCAGAACUAGUCCAGUCCUCCUCUCACACAUUGUGAGGUUCAGUUUUUAACCGGAGCUCUUGGGAAACAGCGGAUCUCGGUAUGAAGCUGCUCUUCCUCCUCCUCUUCCUCCUCCAGGUGUUCAGACCUGCACAGGGCAGGUGUUUCUGUCAGGUAACAGGCGACCUGGACGACUGCGCCUGCGACGUGGAAACCAUCGACAGGUUCAACAACAACCAGCUCUUCAACAAACUUCAAACUCUCCUGGAGUCUGAUUAUUUCAGGUUCUACAAGGUGAACCUGAACAAAGCGUGUCCGUUCUGGACGGUCAGGAGUCACUGUGGUCUGAGGGACUGUGCUGUGAAGCCCUGCUCUGAUAACGAGGUGCCUGAAGGGAUUCGAUCGUCCUCCCACAGCAAGUAUUCAGCAGAAGCAAACGAGCAGCUGGAUGAAUGUGAGCAGGCAGAGCAUCUCGGAGCUGUAGACGUCUCUCUGAGUAAUGAGACCAGAGAGGCUCUUCUCAAAUGGAGCAAACACGACGACGAGGCCCAACGGUUCUGUGUGGUUGACGAUGAAGCGUCUCCAGACUCCCAGUACGUCGACCUGCUGCUGAACCCUGAACGCUUCACGGGUUAUAAAGGACCGGAGGCCUGGCAGAUCUGGAACAGCAUCUACGAGGAGAACUGCUUCAAACCAUUUUCCAUCAAGCGGCCGCUGAUUCCCAACUCAUACCAGAGCAGCUCAGGAAGUGAAGCGAGGACCUUCUACAGCUGGUUGGAAGGUCAGUGUGUGGAGAAAAGGGCCUUUUACCGCCUCAUCUCCGGCCUCCACGCCAGCAUCAACAUCCACCUGAGCGCCAGAUACCUGCUGGAUGACAGCUGGUUUCAGAGGAAGUGGGGUCACAACGUUUCUGAGUUCAGGCAGCAUUUUGACUCGGAGCUGACGUCCGGCGAAGGCCCAAAGAGGCUCCGUAACCUUUACUUCCUGUACCUGAUCGAGCUGCGAGCGCUGGCCAAAGCUCUGCCGUUCUUCCAGCAGCCGUCCUUCAAGCUUUACACCGGCAGACCAGAGGAGGACCAGAACCACAAACAGCUGCUGCUGGACCUCCUGCAACUGGCCAGAUCUUUCCCUUUACACUUUGAUGAAACUUCUCUGUUUGCCGGCAACAAAAAGGAAGCAGCCAAACUGAAGGAGGACAUCAGACUGGCCUUCCUCAACAUCUCCAGGAUCAUGGAUUGUGUCGGAUGCUUCAAAUGUCGUCUUUGGGGGAAACUUCAGACUCAGGGAUUAGGCACAGCGCUAAAGGUUUUGUUUUCAGCGCAACAGAUUGAAGCUCUGCCCAAAUCCAGCAACCAGCGACCCAGUUUCCAGCUCAGCCGGCAGGAGAUCGUCUCUCUGCUCAACGCCUUCGGAAGGAUUUCCACGAGUAUCAGAGAGCUGGAGAACUUCAGAUCGCUGCUUGCAGAGAAACGAUGAGGCCUGAAGAGGAAUCCAGCUUCAUCCAGAGACUCAUCUGAUGGUUUUUUUAAAUAAUGAGGCUGUGGUCCGUCCAGCUGUUUUAAUCCUGCUGAAAUUUCACGUCUUUAACAGUUUGAAUGAUAAAACAUCAGCUUUGAUCAGCUGAUACUUUAUUUUAAUUGUUAUUUUUUUAUUUCAAUUAUUUUUAUUUGAUGAAAAUGAAGUAAUUUUUUCUUGAAUUCAAAUAAAAUCAGAUUUUUUUUUACACUUUACCCUGCACUGAAGAGAGAAAGCUGAUCUUUUGUUACAGAUAUUAGAGAAAAUUCAGAAAUAACUUGAAUUUAAACUCAUUUCUUUAUCUAGAAAAUAAACUGACCUGAUAAAGAUCUGGAUUGAGUUAACAGCUGCUCACCAGUCUGUGUUUUUGUGAUUCUGCUUUCGUCCUGACGAUGGCGCUGUUUGUACAGAAAACAGCUUUCUGCUGAUAAAUGCAAAAUCUAAUGUUUCUAAAAGUCUUCAGGAUCAAGAUGCAGAUGUCAGAUGUUAAAAUGAAAAGCACACAGGAGUGAAGAUGAAUUAUUUUUACUGUAUUUUCAGACUAAUGAUUUGCUUUAAAACUGUUCUCCAUUAUCAUAACACCAAGUCCUGGUCCAUGGUGCCUUCAGGGACACCUCGAGAACUCAAACUUCCACCUUCUGCAGUUA